AUGGAUAGUCGCGGCUACAGUCGGAUAGAGGAGGGACGAUCCCGUGAAGAAGACAGACAGAGGUUGAUGGACUCUACAGAGAUGCUGCGGGAUAGUUCCAACCAAUUACGCGAUGCCAAGAGGACGGCUCUCGAGACGGAGGACAUCGCUGUGGGGGUUAUGUCCGAUUUACGGUCCCAACGUGAGGUCAUCUCCCGUACCGGUAACAGCCUGAAUGAGAUAGACUCCAACUUGAGCACUGCUCGUCGAACCAUCAGUAGCAUGGCUCGUCGGGCCAUGGCUAACCGUAUGGUCCUCACGGCCAUUGCUAUCGCCAUUGGCCUUGCUGUUUUGUACAUCUUGUAUCGAAAGGUCGCUGGUUGA